ACACGUGAAGGCAACAUUUGCCCGUGUCGAGCCCCGCCUGUCUCCCUCGCGACCAGGUAAGAGGAAAACUUCCCCAGUCUUCUUUACCUGUGCCCGGGCGUCAAACACUCAACUUUAACUUUAGGUAUCAACAGACCCCGCAGCGUGAGAGAGUCCCUGAGCUUCAGGACAGCCAUGGCCGAAUCCCAGCUCACGUGCAUGGAGGACGGCCACAUCGGAGCCAAGGUCCCGGAGUCCAAACCGGAGUUCUAUUACAGCGAGGAGCAGCGCGCGGCCAUCGAGGAGCUGCUCAAGAACGGCGACGGCGCCUUCAAAACGCGACUUAAAGACGACAACAUGAAAGACUUUUUAUCGGCCAGAGAAGUCAAACUGUUGUUGAACACUUUCAAGCUGUACGACUUAAAUCACGCAGACGACAGCAGCAGCAAAGCCCCGGCUGCCAGGUCAGAGCAGGGAGCCGCCGGUAGCGAGGCAGAUUCAGGGGUCCAUUCCACCUACUGGCCCCAGAUGUCGGACACCGAGGUGCCGCCGCUGGAUAUCGGCUGGCCCAGCGGGGGGUUGUUCAAAGGGAUAACCCGAGUGGCCGUACACACGCACCCGCCCAAAGAAAACGGACCUCACAUCAAGGAGGUGGUGCGGCGACUCAUCCAGGGGGCCAGUAAGGUGAUAGCGAUAGUGAUGGACAUGCUCACAGACGUCCAGAUCCUGCAGGACCUGAUGGAUGCGGCCUGUCUUCGCUCUGUGCCCGUUUACAUCUUGUUGGAUAACCAAGCUGUGCCACACUUCCUGGAUAUCUGCUCCAGGCUGCAGAUUGGCUCACAGCACCUUCGGAACAUCCGAACCAGAACACUACAGGGAAUUGGCUUCAAUUUGUCCUUCGGUAGACUGCCUGGUUCACUCUGUAAUAAGUACAUGCUGGUAGACGGGGACAAAGUCAUGUUUGGCUCAUACAGUUUCUCCUGGUGUACGUCUCGCAUGGACCGCAACAUGAUCACUGUGAUGACGGGGCAGGUGGUUGACUUCUUUGACCGGGACUUCCGUGAGCUUUACGCCAUCUCCGAGAAGCUGGACCUUUACAAGGAGUUCCAUGUGAGCCCGCCCACGACUGCGACAAUACGCUCUAAAGUGGGCCCAAAACGGCCGUCGAUAACUGCGACCACAUCCCGCUUCCAGGUUAGCUUAGGGGAUUCUCGGAAUGCACAAAUCCAGGUGCCUGCACACAAAUACCACAACCCCAAAUACUCCCUGGUGUUUGGGGACAUCCCGCGUCCAUCAGGGUCUCUGCAGGAGCCAGGACCCAAGAGAGGGUCCACUCUGGCUAAGGUUCCCGAGGAAAUGGACCCGGCAAAGCCACGAUUGGCCGGCAGUGAGAAGGUGGAGCGGCUGAAUUCGCUGCCCUCAGAAGCCCCAAGCGAAAGCUUCGUGAGGCUCAAUGGAGUCCCGCAGGACAAGAAGUCCACAUGGAAGCCGAAAUUUAGCAGGAAGAAACCAUCCAGUAAGCUUCCGGAUAGCAACCUGGCAGGCAGCACAUGCCCUUCACCCACAGAAACCAACAGGACGGAUGAGGACAACUUUAGUGUGAACGUGAAGUCUCCAUCCAAAUGGAGGCGUAAGAAGCCACCUAAACUGACAGACUCGAAGCAGUCUGUCAACACCGGACAGGACAAUGAGAGUCGUACCAGUGGACGUCAAGGAAAAUGUAAAGUGUCCUGAGGUGAACCUGCCAGUCUCUGUCCAUUGAUAGGAUUACAUUCUUAAAAUGGAUUACAAAAUAACUUCCACUGACGUCACUUUUGAUUGUGCAAUAUUGCAAGAACAGUAUCCGGUGCCUUACAGAAAGUGCAAAUGAAUGAACAGUUCUUAAGGCACUGGCAAAUACAGGUGCCAAAUUUGAAAUGCUGAGUCAAUAAUCAAUAUGCUUGGGGAUAUCUGUUGCCCUGGUGGGGUGCAGAGAGGUUUAAUUAGGUUUCGCUGGUGAUCGUUUACAACUUGAUCCCUCAGGACUUUUGUGGUUAUGUGGAUAUACGGCUCUCUGGAGGACACUGAAUGUGAAGUUGUUUAAUUGCAUGUUUUAGUACACUAAACGUGAAAUAAGUCUUUUUUUCUGUAUACAGAUGUGGGGCUCAGGUAGAAGAUCAUUUGAAGGGAGCAUUUUUUGGAGGUUAUAUAUAAGAGAUGGGGAGUUUGAGACUAAGACUCAAGUCGCACUUACAGUAAGUGGCACACACAGUAACUUCAGACUUGACUUGAGACUCGUCCCUUAAAAGACUUCAGACUCGACUGGGACUUGAGAGGUGGGAAGUCUGAUGAGCUGAACGUUAAUCCCUAUCACCGUGUAACCUAUCACACACCUGUUUAAUGUAACACUUAACGUCGAUGGCGUAACUUUGGUUUGAGAAGUGUGGGGGGGGGACCUCUGCUAUAAUUUCUUCUUUCGAUUUAAAACCCAUUUCCUACAUGUCAACAUACACUUAUAUGGACUAUGGUUAUACAAAAUCCAGGAAAUAAUUAAGUUGAUCAUAAUGAUAAAUUCUGCCAGAAAGAAUAGUACAAAAGUAUGUAUAAGAAAUGGAUGUCUAAUUGUAUAUUAUAGGGGCUGAUCGCCAAGACUUGAGAGAAUAAUUUUAUAAAGUCAAAAAUGUUAAUGUUUUGUGUGUGAAUCAAAUUGAAAUAUAAAAUAUGAGAUUUAAUUUCCACUGCAGGCACGCAAACUAAUCAGGAGUAAAACAGGUGAGGAGCCUACAGUGGACCUCCAACCCAAGGGGAUCGGGGGGCAGGCUCCCCCCCCUAAAGAAAAUGUUAUACAUUUUAAAGUUUAAAGCAUCAAUCUGCACUUUGAGAGCAAAAAUAAGAGGCUAGAUCUAUGAAGAAUCUGUGCCUCUUGUAAAUAAUAUUGUGUUAUUGUAAGCAAUUUAACUGUAAACCCAUUGUUUGUAUAAAUAUGAAUGGUGAAGACGUUGCAAAAAAAGUCACACCCACAAAAUUGUAAAUGAGGGUUUAGUUUACAAAUGGUUAAAAACAAAAUCCAAUACAGCAUACCUUUGAGCCAACAAAGAAAUAUAGCCAAGCUGCUUACCAUUUUUGAACUGGUUUAUUUUCUAUCUCUGACCGGUAGAGGACAGGUUAUUGAGUGGGGGGGGACAUGUCCCCCCUGUUCCCAGUGGAAGUUACGCCCUAGCGUUAUGUAUCUGCUGCGUGCGGCCACACUUGAGAGGACAACAAACAUGUCGACGUCAGCUGCUGUGACAAUUCAUCAGAAGCUUCGGCUCUAAAAACACGCAACAUGCAACGAGGGCCAAACAAAAUAAGCGCUGAAUGCAAAAUAUGUGGUGUCAAGAUUCUGGUUCAACCAGCUCAGCGUUGGCCAGCUAACGUUACCUUGCUCCUUGCUUUAGCUACGACCUAAGGGAGGUUAAUUCUGACUGUUGUUGGCUAGAUAUUACUAUAUAUAGCUAUAUAUUAUGUUAUUAUAUAUAGCAGUGUUCAAAGCCUAAGCAGCCUGGGUGGAAUGCAGCAGGUGAUACAACACUCAUUAUAACCACGAGAGACUUGAGACUUGGACUCUAGCUCAGAGACUUGAGACUUGACUUGGACUCUAGCUCAGAGACUUGAGACUUGACUUGGACUCUAGCUCAAAGACUUGAGACUUGACUUGGACUCUAGCUCAGAGACUUGAAUUGGAUUCUAGCUCAGAGACUAGAGACUUGACUUGGACUCUAGCUCAGAGACUUGACUUGGUCUCUAGCUCAGAGACUUGACUUGGACUCUAGCUCAGAGACUAGAGACUUGACUUGGACUCUAGCUAGUGAAUCACAGCUGCCCCUUUCAAAAUAAAAAGUCCAGACCGGCAGGGCAACAGUCAAAGAUGAGUUAAACCGUCUCUGAGAAGCCUAAAGCAGGACAUUGUCAGGCUGUGAUCGAUUUCUCCGUCUGACUCUCCCACCAAAUACAAACUAAACCAAAUGAAAGCUUUUCUUUUUUCUACCUGUGUCACCCCUGUGGGGGUGAGGUGUUGCGGGCCUUUUAUAUGUAAACACUACUGGACUACAUUUCCUUGCUAAUUUGCUAUGUUGUAAUUUAUCUGUGAAAUAAUAUUGCGUCGUGUUUAUUUCAAUGUCCAUUUGCCAUACUUUUAAGUUGUAGGCUCUCUUCUACACUGUGCUCAAUAAAUGGUUUCAGAUAAUGAACAGCUUUAAA